AUGCAGGGCGGCGGGGAAGCGCAUGGAGCAGGCUCGGCAGACGGAGAGCUGAGAAAGGCAACAGGGAGCGAUGACUGCGAGUCGGGGGAGAAGAAAGAAGGAGACGACUUCUCAGACAUCAGCGACUCCGAGCUCCUCAGCUUACAGGAAGCUGCGGAGAGCUGUGAUGCAUAUAUAGAAGGAGAGGGUUUGGAAAUGGUAGAUGGAGUUACAAGCCCUGGAAAAAUUGAUGCGACUACAUCACCUGAAGGUCAGCUCCACAAUAGUGCAGGAUUAAGCUGCAGUGAAAUGCCUGGUCCACCAGAGGUAACUCAGAGGAAAAGGAAACAAGAAUCACUGAAUCCACUUCAAAAAUAUCAUAUGAGGUAUUUGGCUGUGACCGACCUUUGCUCCCAGAUGUGGUGUGAACAACAAAUGGUAUACAAAAUUGAGCAGCCAGCAGAUCUCCUACCAGAAAAGACUGCUGCAAUGAAUGAAGGAUCUAGUAUACAUCUGGCCAGAGAGUUGGAGGUACAUGAUGUUGUAUCGGUGACCACACGGAACCGUGAAGACUCCUGGGCGAUAAAAUGUCUCAAUAUUUUAGCUAUGAUUCCAGUUUUGCAGUCCGGUGGUCGCAUUCGUGAAUUUCCUGUGUUUGGAGAACUGGAUGGUAUUUUCAUGGUGGGAGUAAUUGAUGAAUUAGCUUAUUCCUCCAGUGGUGAGCUGGAGCUGCGAGAGCUAAAAACACGAGCAACCCCAACACUGCCUCGACUGGCUCAGAAAAGAACUCACGAGCUCCAGGUUUGUGUAUACAAACUGCUGUUCGAUGGCAUGGUGAGUGGUGUUCUACAAUCAGAAUGUUUAAUCCAGAUCUUGAACCUGAGACCAGAACAAGAACUGGGACCUGAAGUAAAGGAGCACGCAAUUCAGUCUGGGCUUACUGUGUCUACAUUGAAAGAUAUCAUAGAGCUGACCUUCCUGAACCUGACUUUCUCAGAGCUUCCCAGGAUUGACAGCUUGAAGCUGGAAUAUUGCUAUCAGGGGGAUGGAGCCUUCUUAGGAUGUGACAUCGUGAACUUCAAAGAGAAGAGCGUCAUGGAACAAGUGACAUUUUAUUUAUCCUUCUGGAAAGGACAGAGAGAGAUCCAGGGUGUUGAUAUCGAAGACACUUGGAAGUGCAGAAUGUGUAACUAUUCCAAUAUAUGUGAAUGGAGGACACAGAGAACUAACACUGCACCUUACAGGACCAUGGCAAAGAGAUUGAAAUAAAAA